CGUAGGGGAAGCUUCUGGAGACAGCUUAGUAGGCGGACCCGGGCUCCGGCCGGUCCUUUGAGCAAGUGGUCGCAGCCAAAUCGCGCGUGGCAGUGGACAUGGCUCACGGGUCGGAAGGCCGUGUGUCGCGGGGCUGCAAGCUGCCUCUCCUGCUCCUUAAUGUGUCUCUGCCUCUACUUCUGUUCCUGUGGCAUUCGCCGCCCAGCGCAAGUUCCCUGCAUGUGAAGAUGUCAGGGACAACUCAGACUGUGCUCUUGAAUGACAAUGCCACUAUUUUCUGCCAAGUCUAUGGUGACCCCUCCCCAAACAUAACCAUUAUGGGUGUCACCUGGUUUUGGAAGAAUCCAGGGUCUGCAACAGAAGUUAAGCUAUUUGAGUUUUUUGGAGGCCAACAAAUGACAGGUCGACCUGGAGCCAUGGUGCCUCUUAAGAGUUUGGAGAGUGGGAAUGCCUCACUGCAGCUGCCAGGGAUCCAGCUGAGGGAAGCAGGAGAGUACCGAUGUGAGGUGGUGAUCACCCCUCACAAAGCAGUGGGACAAGUCAAGCUGGAGGUUGUGGCUUUCCCAGUCAGCAGCUUGUUUCCAGAGCAAGCCAUAGUGAAAGAAAAGCAAGAAACCCUUAUUUUGUGUAUGUCAAGUGGGUUCCACCUUGACAACAUUACUAUUACGUGGAAAAAAUUAUCCCAGAAGGAUCCUCAGGAGGUUUUUGAAGGCAUCAUCACUAAUCACACCAUCGAGAAUGGUAUGUUUAAUGUCACUAGCUUCUUGAUGCUGAAGCCCUCUCUGGAAGACAAUAUGACCAUCUACCAGUGUGUGAUAUAUCACAAAUCCUUGCCUACCCCUCAGAAGCUCAAUUUCACCUUGACUGUGAUAGAAUCUGAGAAUACAGCUUCGAGUUUGAACAGUUUUUUCUACAUUGCAGUCUUCUUGUCACUUGCAGUGAUUUUAUUAUUUAUCUUUUAAAAAAGGCACGACCCCAAACAUGUCCCUUAUCCUGUGUCUUGAAAGCUUCUUCUCAAAACACCCAAACCUAUACAGCAGAGACUGAGGAAUUAAAAUGAGGUGCUGUCAUUAUGA